GGCCAAACGAGUUAAACCCUGGUUAAUUUCAAUAGAAAAUUAUCCCCAUAAAAAUGUCGUAAUUGCGGAAAAUUUAUCAACGAAAAUCAAUUUCCGCGCCAAAACUCACCUUGACUUGUAGAUUCAUGCUUCCCUCGUCCUACAAAGACUGGUAGGUAAAACCUUCCUUCUCUCUCUCCACCCUUCCUUCUCUCUCUCUCUCCACCUCUUUCCCUAUCCCCGAGCAUGAAAAAAUCUGAACAUCGAAUCCGCUCCGGAUCAUGGACCCGACCGAAACCUCAUCUUCUUCCGACACUCAAAUCAUCGAGGCCAGCGAUGACGAAGAUCUCCCAAUCGCCGACCACAAACUCACCGACGACCUCACCGAAUCGCGACUCGAAAACGAAUCGCUCGUCGCCCAACUCGAAGCCCUUCGCCGCGAUUACCAUAACCUUCAAGCGGAACACGCGUCGACGGAGGAGAGACUGUCCCUGCUCGAGCAGCAAAACGACGAGGUUUUGAAGCACAACGAGGAGCUAGAGAAGGCCCUCGAGGAUUCAUCGGAGGAGAGAGAAAGUAUUCUCGAAGAGCUUCGUGGGGUCAGGACCUUGUCGAGAGAGCGCGAGGUGGAGUUGGAGAGGAGGGUUGAUGAGGAAUUUAAGGAGAAAGAAGGAAUUAGGAGUGAACUGGAGGGUUCUAGAGAGAGAGUUAGGGUUUUACUGGACGAGAAGAGUGAGAGAGUUAGGGUUUUAUCGGAGCGUUUGGGCAUGGUGAAAUCGGCUAAGGAGUGUUUGGUUAGGGUAAUUGAGAGCCUAAGUGAAGACAACGUUGAAAGGUUUGUGGAUGAAGAAGGUGAAGGUGAAGGAGAAACGGAAUUAGAAGAAGAUAUUAGGGAUAAUUUACGGGAAGUGAAUGCGGUUUCGAGGCUUGUAAUUAUUGUGGAGGUGAAGGCGAGCGCAUUUGUAGAGACGAGGAAGAAGGAGAAGAGGGAGCUGGAGAGCAGUGUGGUGAGUUUGACGGAGGAGAAUCGGGACAUAAACAGCUUACUUAGGAUUGCUUUGGUGGAGAAAGAGGCAGUGGAGAAGAGUUUGAAUAAACUUAAAGGGAAUAGUUAUAACAGUGAUCAGAAGAGGGUGGCGAUAUUGCAGAUUGCAGAGAGAGGUUUACAGAAGGUGGGGUUUGGGUUUAUGAUGGGGGCUGGAACUAAUGAACAACCGGUAUCAGAUACUUCGAGCGUUAAUUCGGGUAAUAAGUCGGAUGGAAGUGAGUGCGAAGAGGAGGUUGUGAGUCUGGCCUCAACUGUAGAGAGGAUAAUGAAAAAUUUACGACUUGAAAUUACACAAUUGAGGAGAUCUUUGGAGGAGUCUAGGUCAGAUACCGAGCGCCUACAGACUCUUAUGGAGAAACAAGCUCAGAAAAUUGCAGAGAAUACAUUGUACAUAAAAGAGCUGGAAGAUAGAGAGACGAUGUUAACACAAAAUGUUGAGGAAAUCCUGAUGGAAAUAAAAGAAACUGAAGAAGAGGUUUCCAGAUGGAGGGAAGCUUGUGAGUUGGAAGUGGAAGCUGGAAAGAAUGUAGUUGAAGAACGUGACAAAGUCGUAUCGAUUUUGAAACAAGAGUUGGAGAAAACAAAGGCUGCUUUGGACAUCUCAAAUGGCAAAUUAAAGCUUAAAGAGGAACUCGCUGAUGCUGCAAUGGCUGCUCAAGCAGCAGCAGAGAGGUCUCUCCAGUUGGCAGACAGUAGAGCUGCAGGACUCAAUGAGAGGAUUGAGGAGCUAACAAAACAAUUAGAAGAAGUGGAAAGCAGAGAACGCAGUAGACGCAAAGUGAGGCGCAUAUGUUGGCCCUGGCGAACACACAACAUGAACUCCCCUCCUAAUAGUACAAACACUAGAGCUCGAGAUUCCAAACAGAUGCUACCAGAGAUGGAAGCUUUGCUUCAUUACAAUGUCUAACAACUCAAAUCUUUUCACAGCCUCACUAAAAUAAGCUUGUUCUUUUUUUUUGGGACCUGCUGGUUAUGUAAAGUACCUUCUUCCAUUUUUUUUUCCAAUAGAGGUAUGUAAAGUAUCUAGCCGAUGAAUUCUUGCAAUAUCCUUGCUUCAAAGAAGUUCAAACAACGCUUUUGCCCAAGUGUGAAUCACAAACAAACAUGAACAGUAA